AUGCUUCCUGCAUCAAAAGAAGCUCUUGCUCGAUCAGUACUAAGUCGGUACGGGGGACCGAUAGUCUUAGGUCGGUACGCGGGACCGAUAGCCUUAGGGGAAGUGGUCUCGGUCCCGGCUGAGACCUCCACGGUGGUCGCGACCGCGGCACAACCAAAAUCUGGGGAGAAAGGGACCAAGGCCACCGAUGACUCGCGGCUGGGGGUAACGGCUCACGCCUGGGUCAAGAAAGGACCCGCAAUUACGGAGGGGGGGCUCCGUGACGAGGCCCGCGGCGCGACUCAAGUCAGUGGCGCGACCCAAUCCCGCGACACUGGAAGGGGUGAUUCGAGGUUGGCUGGGGUGGCCACGGUGGCGGCGCACGCAGCUGGGGCUGGCGCCGUGGUGAAUGGGAAAUCGAAGACGUGGAGUGAGGGAGGAGGUGAACGGGCCAGCCGCGGAGGAGUCCGAGUGAGGGUAGCUGCGAUGAUUGGGAGUGAAGGUGAAAUGAGGUGGGGGCUGGGCUCGCUAUGCAUGGUUCAAUGGAGGAUGAUUAAGGUGGAGAAGGGAAAGAUGCGUGAGGUUGUGGCUGGCUUGUUUUGGGACCGUAGAGCACCCGGGGCUUUGGACGUGUCAUGGUGUGGCUUCAACCGGUACCUUUUGGAUGGAGGUGAGAGUGAAGAUGAAAAGAGGUGGGGCCGGGCCUAUGGUGGUGGAAGAGAGAAGGUGCAGAGUGAGGAAAAAUGA